AUGGGACAAACCAAUACAACGUCCUGGAGGGGCUUUGUCUUUCUGGGCUUCUCCAGCUUCGGGGAGCUGAAGCUCCCGCUCUUUGCGCUGUUCCUCUCUCUGUACCUUGUCACCCUGACCAGCAAUGUCUUCAUUGUUGUAGUCAUUAGGCUGGACAGCCACCUUCACACCCCCAUGUACUUCUUUCUUUCCUUCCUGUCUUGCUCAGAGACCUGCUACACCUUGGGCAUCAUCCCCAGAAUGCUCUCCAGCCUGGUCAUGGGGGGCCAGGCCAUCUCCUACAUGGGCUGUGCAGCCCAGAUGUUCUUCUCUGCCUCGUGGGCCUGUUCCAACUGCUUCCUUCUGGCUGUCAUGGGCUUUGACCGAUAUGUGGCCAUCUGUGCCCCACUGCACUAUGCCAGCCGCAUGAAGCCUACCCUCUGCAUCCAGCUGGUUGGCAUCUCCUUCGUGAGUGGGUACCUCUUUGGGCUGGGAAUGACACUGGUCAUUUUCCACCUCCCAUUCUGCAAUUCCCAUGAGAUCCAGCACUUUUUUUGUGACACGCCGCCGGUGCUGAGCCUGGCCUGCGGGGACACGAGCCUCAGUGAGCUGGGCAUCCUCCUCCUCAGCCUGCUGGUCCUCCUGGUCUCCUUCUGCUUCAUCACCGUCUCCUACGCUUACAUCCUGGCAGCAAUCCUGAGGGUCCCCUCCGCGGAGGGGAGGAAGAAGGCCUUCUCCACCUGCGCCUCCCACCUCACGGUGGUCAUUGUUCACUACGGCUGCGCCUCCUUCAUGUACUUGAGGCCCAAGGCCAGCUACUCCCUUGAGCGGGAUCAGCUUGUUGCUGUCACCUACACUGUGGUGACCCCUCUUCUCAACCCCGUCGUUUAUAGUUUAAGGAAUCGGGCUGUGCAGGCAGCCCUGAGAAAUGCUUUGCAGGGGAGAUUGCUGGGUAAAGGAUGA